UGCAGGCGUAGGCGCCAUACACUGCAAGUAGCCCUGUCCGUCGGCUGGUCCUCAUAACGCUUUCUCGUCCUGUCGGACAAAAACAAACUGAACUGGCCAGCCGGAACUCUGCCAAAAUGUCUGUUAUGCUCACGAAGUUUGAGUCGAAGAGCAACAGAGUGAAGGGUCUGGCGUUCCACCCUACGCAACCAUUGCUGGCGGCUUCUUUGCAUAAUGGCAGCGUGCAGUUAUGGAACUAUCGGAUGGGCGUGUUAGUGGAUAGAUUUGAGGAGCACGAAGGCCCCGUAAGAGGUGUCGAUAUCCACCCCAGCCGACCUUUGCUUGUCACCGGGGGCGACGACUACAAGAUCAGAGUUUGGGACCUCCGACCGCAGAGCAGACGGUGCUUGUUCACACUCCAUGGCCACCUGGACUACGUCCGCUCAGUCCAGUUUCAUCACGAAAUGCCUUGGAUUCUCUCCUGCUCAGACGAUCAAACGAUUCGUAUAUGGAACAGCACCUCGCGAAACUGCAUUGCCAUCCUAACUGGUCACUCUCAUUAUGUCUUUUCCGCUCGUUUCCAUCCCAAAGAGGAUCUGAUCGUGUCUGCUUCAAUGGACCAAACUGUGCGAGUCUGGGAUAUCUCAGGUUUGCGAAAGAGUACUCCAAACAGCAACGCAGCCCCCGGCACAUUCGACACCUUUGACAACUUCUCGACGGUCAAGUACGUGAUGGAGGGCCACGAUCGAGGCGUUAACUUCGCCAUGUUCCACCCGACCCUGCCCUUGAUCAUCUCAGCUGCUGACGAUCGGCAAAUCAAAAUCUGGCGGAUGAGCGAGACGAAAGCUUGGGAGGUGGACGCCUGCCGUGGUCACUUCAACAAUGUCUCUUGUGCCGUGUUCCACCCUAAACACGAAUUGAUCGUGUCUUGUGGUGAGGACAAGACUGUCCGCGUCUGGGAUCUGGCAAAGCGAACGGCGAUCCAGACGUUCCGGAGGGAACAUGACCGGUUCUGGUUCUUGGCCGCCCAUCCGAACCUGAAUCUGUUUGCAGCCGGUCACGAUAAUGGUCUAAUCGUAUUCAAGUUGGAGCGGGAGCGCCCGCCGUUUGCUUUACAUGGCGAUACCCUGUAUUACAUCCGGGACAAAUACGUGCGCUCCUACGACCUCAACACGGGGUCUGACAUCGGUCUCUUGAGUGUCCGCAAAUUCGGUAGUCCAUAUGUCCCACCGAGGACCCUGAGCUUCAAUCCUGCUGAGCGCGCGGUUUUGGUCACCGUCUCUUCAGAUAACGGCUUGUACGAAUUGGCGAGUUUGCCGACGAACGUGGUCGGUGAAGUUAAGGAUUCUUCGGUUGACGGCAAGAGGGGUAGUGGAAAUAGUGCAAUAUUCGUUGCCAGGAAUAGAUUUGCUGUCUUGAACAAGACGACCCAGCUCAUCGAGGUCCGAGACUUAUCGAACUCCAUCGUCAAGAGCAUCAAGCCUCCUGUGCAGACCAAUGAGAUCUUCUACGGUGGGACUGCGAGUUUGAUUCUCAGUUCGACGGCUUCCGUUGUGUUAUACGACAUACAGCAGCAGAAAGUAAUCGCCGAAGUGAACACUCCCCCGGUCAAAUAUGUUGUAUGGAAUGCCGAUGGCUCGCUCGUAGCCCUCCUCAGCAAGCACACCAUCACCAUCGCCAACAGGAAUUUCUCCCAACAUUGCCUCAUUCACGAGACAAUCCGCAUCAAGUCUGGUGCAUGGGAUGAUGCCGGUGUCUUCAUAUACUCCACCUUGAACCACAUAAAGUACUGUCUGGCGCAAGGUGACCACGGCGUUAUCUGCACACUGGACAACCCUGUCUACCUCACCCGCGUGAAAGGCAAGACGAUUCACUGCUUGGACCGCUCUGCCCGACCUCGUACCAUCACAUUCGAUCCCACUGAAUAUCGCUUCAAGCUCGCUUUAAUCAAGAACAACCACGAGGAAAUGCUGUAUAUCAUCCGCACUUCUAAUCUCAUAGGACAGAGUGUAAUUGCUUACCUUCAGCAGAAGGGCUUCCCGGAGAUUGCCCUCCAUUUCGUGGAAGAUAAAAAGACCCGCUUCGACCUUGCUAUCGAAUGCGGCAAUCUUGAGGUCGCGUCAGAGAUGGCAAAAGCGAUCGACCGGCCCGAAUGCUGGGAGAGACUCGCUCAGCAGGCGUUGAAGCAAGGCAACCACAAGAUUGUCGAGAAGGCCUACCAGCAGACGAAAAAGUUCGAGAAUCUGUCUUUCUUGUAUCUUAUCACGGGCAGCACCGAAAAGUUAUCCAAGAUGCAGAAAAUAGCGGACGCCAGAGGCGACCCGAUGUCUCGAUUCCAGAAUGCGCUGUAUGCUGGCGAUGUUUUGGGUCGCAUCAACGUCCUCAAGGAUGUCGGGCUUCAUCCCCUAGCGUAUCUGACCGCGAAGACUAAUGGCUUGGACGAAGUCGCGAGCGAGAUCCUGGAGGCAGCCGGACUAAGCGAGUCAGACGUCGAUGAUGUCCCAGACUUUGGCCGCUCGACACUGCAGCUGCCGCCCGUGAUCACACCGACUGCUGCGUUGAACUGGCCAUCUAUUGCUGCUGGCGAAAGUUUCUGGGACAAGGCGCUUGCGAACGGGCUGGAAGGUGUUGAAGUUCCGUACACGAAUGGCGAUGCCGUUGGGGCUGGAGCCGCGGCCUCGGCUGCAUUGGAUGAGUGGGCACGGGAAGAGGAGAUUCCGGAGGAGAUCGAUGAGGGCGGUUGGGACCUUGAUGCUGGUGGGGAAGAUGCUGAGCCUAUCGCCGCUGAGGAGGAAGAAGCUCCUGCUGAGGUCGCCGAUCUUGGCGCGGGUGCUACCCCCGGUAUCAGCGAGACAGAAAUAUGGACUCGCAACUCACCCUUCGCUGCUGACCACGUUGCAGCAGGAUCAUUUGACACGGCAAUGCAGCUUCUUCACAGGCAAUUCGGCGUUGUCAACUUCUCGCUACUGAAACCCCUGUUCUUGUCGACGUAUCGUUCGUCACACGCAUACUUCUCCCCGCUUGGCACCCUUCCGCCACUGCAGCUGCAUAUACGUCGCAAUCCUUCCGAAUCUUCGCCCAGCCGCGUUUUGCCUGUCGCGGUUCGCACGUUGCAGUCAAUCCGUGCUGAGCUCACGGAGGGUUUCCGAGCGCUAUCCGGCAGCAAGCUACCGGAGGCUCAGAGCAUUUACCGAUCGGUUCUGUACGAGCUGCUCCUUGUUGCCGUAUCGUCAGACAAGGAGGCAAAAGAGUGGCGAGACCUUGUGACGAUGGCCCGCGAAUAUUUGCUGGGUGUGUCUAUUGAGCUGGAGCGUCGGCGAGUGAUUGCUGAGGAUCCGAGCAACGCGAAGAGAAAUCUUGAACUGGCUGCGUACUUCACUCACUGCCAGCUGCAGCCUCCGCACCUGCAGAUUGCCCUCCGAAGUGCGAUCCUGAUUUUCUCGAAGGCCAACAACAAUGGCACUGCAGCCAAGUUUGCGAGACGGUUGUUGGACUUGAAUCCGGAUCCCAAGAUUGCAGCUAACGCUCGCCAACGGAUUGCCGCUGGAGAACGGAAUCCUAGAGACGCUGUGGAGGUCGACUACGACCAGUUCACCGAGUUCGAGAUCUGCGCAGCGACGUAUACGCCGAUAUACAAGGGAUCUUCUUCGGUGCGGUGUCCGUACACGGAUGCAGCAUAUCUUCCCGAAUUUGCUGGCAAGCUGGAUGCCCUCCUCCAGCUAACAGAGUUAGGUGCUCCUGCUUCUGGACUACCUGCUCCUCGGUGAGCAUAUGUCGUUUAUAAUGUCAAUACUUGAGGGGUGGGACAUGUACUUCCGGGAGAUGGACAAAUUUCACGAUUUUCUUACCAUAAUCAACACGCUGUCCAUUAUAUCAGACGUUUCCUGCAAGAAUCGAUUUGCAAGUCCCCAAGA